AUGUCCGACGAAGUACAGAACGGCAACACGGCUGUUGAGGUUGCUUAUCCUAGCACUGUUACCGAGGUCCAUGGAUUGCUAUCACGACUGGCUGUUAGUAACAAGGAUAUUGAAAAGAAGAAGAUUUUAAAGAUACUGCAACAGUUGGCAAGGGAGAGACAGAACUAUGAAGAGAAAUUGAUUGAACUUGAAAAGAGUUGGGCCCAAAACAAGGAGUCGGUUGAUACUGAUCUUUUAAAGGUUCAGGUGAUGGCGUUCAACCUUUUGAGCAAGGACCUUGAUUUGCCGUUGGAAGUACAGACCAAAUUACUGGGUGAGUUAGAGGUCGACUCCUCAAAUGAUCAUGCUACUCAUAUUAAUGUACCUACAGAUUUCAAUGAGAAAGCUCAGUUUUUCGGUUUGGACCCCCAUAAGACGGUUCCUGAUCCUGAAAUACAUUCUACAGGCAGCACUUUAGGAGAAUCCCUUGUCAGACAGAAGUUAGAGUCAAGAAUACUUGAGCUGGAAAGCUUGCCCGCUAAUAUUGGUCUAUAUGAUGCUGCGUUUAUUCAGAACGAUUUGGAAAAAUCGGCGGCCGACAUUUUGGAUAACGUCGAUGAACUCAAGAUUCGGGCAUUAAACGAGUUGAAGGCUUUGAAGCUUCUACCUGAACAAAAACAGCUGCGUCGCAAAUUGAUCCAAGAUAGUUUAACAAGUGUGGUGCAUCAGAAAAACAAAUAUGUCUCUGACAGCUUCCGCGCGUUGAAGCGCUCUUUUUCAAUCAGAGACAAGCAAAAGAUUGAGCAAACAUCGAGACUUGCAGAGAAGCUGCAGGAGCAACAACGUCGUGAGAGGGAAGAGCUGGAACACGACUACCAAACUCACAAGGUUAACGAACUUGCCGCUAUCUUUGAGGGGGUUCGAGACGAACUUGAAGAGAAACGGAAUGCAAGACAUUCUCUCGCUAAGGCUUUGCAGCAUUUCCAUUCGCAAGUGGAAAAGGAUGAAAGCAAGAAGCUUGAGCGAAUUGCCAAGCAGAGACUGGCAGCUUUGCGGUCGAACGAUGAGGAAGCUUAUAUGCAGCUCCUCACCAAGACCAAGGACACAAGAUUACACCAUCUCAUUCAGCAAACGAACAAUUUCCUGGACUCCCUUGCCAAUGCUGUUAAGGUUCAGCAAGACGAAGCCCGUGCUAUAAGCUUGCAGGACCGCGCAGAGGAAGGCUUAGAGCCAUUGCAGGAAGACACCGAGGAAGAUGCUGAUGCACGUCGUGAAAAGAUCGACUACUAUGAGGUGGCCCACAGAGUGAAGGAGAAAAUAGAAAAACAGCCCUCGUUGCUUGUGGGUGGUACCUUGAAGGAGUAUCAGUUGAAAGGGCUCGAGUGGAUGGUCUCGCUUUACAACAACAACCUCAAUGGAAUUCUGGCUGACGAGAUGGGGUUGGGAAAAACUAUCCAGUCUAUUUCGCUGAUAACCUAUCUGAUAGAAUCUAAGAAAGAACGAGGAAAAUUUCUAGUGAUCGUUCCGCUUUCCACAAUUACCAAUUGGACGCUGGAGUUUGAAAGAUGGGCUCCGAGUGUCAAAACCAUUGUCUAUAAAGGAACGCAGCACCAGCGUAAACAGCUCCAGUACGAAGUUAGAAGUGGAAAUUUCUCUGUUUUGCUAACUACCUACGAAUAUGUGAUCAGGGACCGACCGCUGUUGUGCAAAUUCAAAUGGGCUCAUAUGAUUAUUGACGAGGGUCAUCGUAUGAAGAACGCAAGCUCUAAGCUUUCAUUGACGUUGACUCAGUACUACCACACAAGGAACAGACUGAUUUUGACGGGUACACCUCUGCAGAAUAACUUGCCUGAGCUCUGGGCACUGUUGAACUUUGUGCUUCCAAAAGUUUUCAAUUCUGUCAAAUCGUUCGAUGAGUGGUUCAACACCCCAUUUGCAAACACAGGCCAUCAAGACAAGUUAGAGUUAUCUGAAGAAGAAAGCUUGCUUAUUAUCAGAAGACUGCACAAAGUUCUGCGUCCAUUCCUACUUAGAAGACUCAAGAAAGAUGUUGAAAAAGACCUUCCAGAUAAAGUCGAGAGAGUUGUCAAGUGCAAGCUUUCCGGCCUUCAAUCCUGUCUGUACAAGCAGAUGUUGAACCACAAUGCACUAUUUGUUGGGGUAGGUACACAAGGAGCCACGAAGACAGGAUUGAGGGGAUUGAACAACAAAAUCAUGCAACUCAGAAAAGUUUGCAACCACCCAUAUGUUUUUGAGGAAGUUGAGGAUAUUGUCAACCCUUCUAGGCUCACCACGGAUCUGAUCUGGAGAAGUUCGGGAAAGUUUGAGCUGCUUGACCGAGUUUUGCCCAAGUUUAAGGCUUCUGGCCACAAGGUCCUUAUUUUCUUCCAGAUGACACAAGUCAUGGAUAUAAUGGAGGACUAUCUAAGGUUCAGGGACAUGAAGUACAUGCGUUUGGAUGGUUCCACGAAGGCAGACGACCGCCAAGAUAUGCUCAAAGAUUUCAAUGCCCCAGAUUCCGAAUAUUUCUGCUUCCUUCUGUCUACCAGGGCUGGAGGUCUGGGAUUAAAUUUGCAGACUGCAGAUACGGUCAUAAUCUUUGAUACGGACUGGAAUCCUCAUCAAGAUUUACAAGCCCAAGAUAGAGCACAUCGUAUAGGUCAGAAGAAUGAGGUGCGUAUUUUGAGAUUGAUCACUGAGGACUCCGUGGAAGAGGUGAUUCUUGAAAGGGCACAUCAGAAGUUGGACAUAGACGGCAAAGUUAUUCAGGCUGGUAAGUUUGAUAACAAAUCGAGCGCCGAAGAACAGGAGGCAUUUCUAAAGAGGCUCUUGGAGGCGGAGAAAAUGAAAGCCGAGGAGGCGGAAAACGACGAUCUGGACGACGAAGAGCUCAAUGAGAUCCUUGCAAGAAACGAAGAUGAGAAGAGACUAUUUGCUGAAAUUGACCAGGCCAGACUUCGAGACGAUCAAAAAUUAGAUGGUCCUAGAUUGAUGUCCUACGAGGAGCUUCCGCCCGUGUUCAAAGAGGAUAUAAGCCUACAUCUCGAGAAGGAUAAGCCUGAUGCUGGGAACAAGAGAGAACGCAAACAGGUUGUGUAUGACGAUGGCCUCACAGAGGAGCAGUGGCUGGACGCCAUGGAUGCUGAGGACGAUACUGUGGAAGCAGCAGCACUCCGUAAACGAGAGUCCAUGCGUCAGCGUCGUGCAAAGCGUUCUGCUGGAACGUAUGAAGAGGAGGGUGAAACUCCACGGAAGAGACGCAGCACGAAAUCGGCAACUCCAAUGAGUGAAGAGAGCUUCGUCGAAGACGAUGACAAUGACGUGGACGAAGAGCCGUUUGUGGAGUUGUGCGAGGAACUGUUGCAAAAACUGGUGAAUGCUACCGACGAAAAUGGCCGCUCAAGGUCGGAGCUUUUCAUGACUGUUCCGUCCAAAAAAUUGUACCCUGACUACUAUCAAAUCGUGAAGAAAGCGGUCGCGAUCAAGGAUCUUCAAAAGGGUCUGAAAAAAGGCUCCAUUGUGGAUUACCAACAGUUCAAGGAAGAGCUUCAACAGAUGUUUGAAAACGCCAAACUCUACAACGAAGAUGGGUCACUGGUGUACAAUGACGCUAUUGAGCUAGAGAAAAUAGCCAAGGAGGAAUUAGCCAAAAUAGACGCGGAGCUGGGCGAGGAAUAG